GAUGACUAUCAGAAAUUAUCCAGUAGCUCAGUCUCUAUAUAUAAAAUACUGUAAAGAACAUAACACACAAGCCUUGAACGAAAUUUAUAUUCAGGAAGAUGAUUUUUGUGCACAGGCUGAAACAUUCCUUCUAGAAAGUUUAGAUGAUAAGAAAGCCCACAUGAAGGAUUCUCUUGUAACAUCAGCUUUGGAUGCUUAUAAAAAAGGCAGAAAAGAUGUCUGUACAUCUCUUUGUGAUGAGUAUGUUAAGUUGAUGCGCUUCCAAAGAGAUCUAGAAGAAAAAAUCCCUGGCACCAAAAAUAAGUUUGUAGGAAAGUCUGUACACGAUACUUGUCAACUUUUAUUAGAAAUGAAUGAGUUGAAGUUAGCCGAAAAAUUCAAGAAUGAUUUCAAGAUUCCUGACAAACG